AUGUUUCCAAAUUUCGUUGUCCUCGCUCUUGCUAUUCUUCCUGUUGCGCUUGCUGCCCCACAAUCAGGCUCGGGCUCCACGCCAUGCAAUGAAGGCGGCUCUGUCCAGUGCUGCGAUGUCAUCGCUCCAGCUUACACGAAGAAUAUGUCUAUCGUCCUGGAGGCAUUGCAAAUUGUUGUCGAAAGUUUGAGCACCCCAGUGGGGACCGGGUGCUCGCCUCCCACCCCGUACUACGUCGGAGGCGGCAGUGUAUGCACCUCGGAUCCUGUGUGCUGUGUGAAUAAUUACUUCGGUUCGGUCGGGGUGGGAUGCGAGCCCGUCCCUACGCCCGACGGGCUAUACUGA